AUGGACGGGGACCUAGACACAGAACUGAACCAGGAGACCAUCGCUGUGCCGCCGCUGGAGUGCUGCUCCAUCCUCAAGUCUGACACCAAACUGGACUCCAACUUGAAGGCCUGCAAUGAAGACCUGGAGGAACAGAAGUGCAAGGAACAGUCCAUCCAGCCCCCCACAAAGGGGCAGCAGGACACCCACCAGCCGAGUUCGAGGCUGAACUCCAUCCACCCGAGUUUCACCAACGAGGAACAAGUGUCCCCCACCCAUCGCUCCAUCCUUGUGCAGACUUCCAAGCACCUCUUCUGGGCAGACAAGCGCGUCCAGGCCUCAGAACACAGCCUGCUGCAAUGGAACACCAGCAGGCAGCCUGGCAAGCAUGGCACAGGUAAGACCACCAACCACCUGAGACUGGAGUCAGUCCCCAAGGACACCCCGUGCUCCGAGAAGCAGCUCCAGUGCCCCAGCACCCAGCCAGAGCUUUCAGACACAGGCUCCCCGCAGCCGCCAAGCACCCACUCGCCCUCCAAUCUCCCACCAGCUAUCGGCCUAGAAGAUCUGAUCAACCUCGCAUCUUCCUUGGCCAUAGCCUCCUCCAGCAACAGGGACUUGCCCAAUUUGGGGAACAUAAUAAAACCUCCACCCCAGAAGGCCGAGGAGCCUUCCACGGUGCCGGUGGUGGAGAGUGCCUCCCCGCCGCCUGCCAAGGAGGAAGCAGAGCAGGAAAAGCUCUGUGAGUUGCUAGGGAAGCCACCAGAAAAACCACUGGAAGCCGGGGAGCCGCAGAAAGCUUGCAAGCAGGAAGACAAGAACUUCCUUCACCCUUACUUUGACUUUAGCAAGCCGGGGCUCCAGAAGACUGCCCUUGAAGGGAAAGUAAAGUUUUUCUCCACCUCGGCCAGGCCCUCUCCACCGAAAGGAGACAAAAUCAACUCAGUGCCGGGAACCAAGAAACAGAAUCCGUUAUUGCUGAAAAUCCAUUUUAAGCUGUUGCCCCAGCCUGCCCCCAGAAAAAUGACUAAACAAAGCCAAUAA